AUGGCGACCCGUCAACGUACCUCGACCACCACGGUGGUCGAGAAGCCCCAGAAGAGCAACGAGCCCGUCUUCCCUGACAUCCAGACCAUCAGGGACGCCAUCCCGGCUCACUGCUUCGAGCCCUCGCUCGUGACGUCCUUCUACUAUGUCUUCCGCGACCUCACCAUGGUCGCCGGCCUCGUCUGGGCCGCCCUCACCUACAUCCCCGCCAUCCAGGACCCCAUCUUCCGCGCCACCGCCUGGAUGGCCUACGGCUUCGUCCAGGGCCUCGUCUGCACCGGCGUCUGGAUCCUCGGCCACGAGUGCGGCCACGGCGCCUUCUCCAAGAACACAAAGAUCAACGACUGCGUCGGCUGGGUCCUCCACUCGUUCCUCAUGGUCCCCUACUUCUCCUGGAAGUUCUCCCACCACCGCCACCACCGCUUCACCGGCCACAUGCAAAAGGACAUGGCCUUCGUCCCCGCCACCCAGCCCAAGCCCUCCCGCAAGCCCCUGUUCGGCAGCAUCGACCUCCACGAGCUCUUCGAGGACACCCCCGUCACCCAGCUCAUCAACCUCAUCACCCACCAGCUCUUCGGCUGGCAGGCCUACCUCUUCUUCAAUGCCACCGCCGGCAAGGGUAGCCUGCAGCGCGAGGUCAACGGCCUGGGUCGCUGGCUGGGCGUCAGCCACUUCGGCCCCACCAGUGCCGUCUUCCGCCCCAAUGAGGCCAUCUUCAUCGCCAUCUCGGACAUUGGUCUGGCCAUCACCUUCUCCGCUCUGUACAAGGCUGCCCAGGUCCUUGACGUCUCCACCGUCAUGCUCCUCUACGCCGUUCCGUACUUCUGGGUCCACCACUGGCUCGCUUCACGUGCUUUACGUCUCGUCACAUUUGCUAACCAAGCCUCCGCCCCCUCAGUUGCCAUCACCUACCUGCAUCACAACCACCCCGAGGUCCCUCACUACAACGAGGAGGGCUGGACCUUCGUCAAGGGUGCCCUUGCCACCGUCGACCGUGAGUUCGGCUUCAUUGGCAAGCAUCUGUUCCACGGCAUCAUUGAGAAGCACGUCGUCCACCACCUCUUCCCCCGCAUUCCUUUCUACAAGGCCGAUGAGGCGACUGAGUCCAUCAAGCCUCUUCUCGGCGACCUCUACCACCGUGAUGACCGUAGCUUCAUGGGCCAGCUCUGGUCCGUCUUUGGCUCCCUCAAGUACGUCGAGCAGGACCCCAACUGCAAGGGUGCUAUGAGAUGGGCCAAAUAG